AUGAUUGAAAAGUUCAGGUUGGUAGUUUCUGAACCUGGAGUUCAGUUACUUGAUAUUGCUGUUCUGCUGAUACGAGUAAUUCCGUUGUUUCUUAUGUGGAAAAACCUUGGUUUCUCCGUCUUUCUUGGACAAGAAAAACAGGCAGUCUUUCAAUUCUCCUCUUCAUCUGUUUUAUUGCCGAUGGACAUAAUCAAAUCUCCUGUGAAAUCCGUAAAUAUCUUUGGUUCCCAGUUGAAAUCUUGGGAAAUUGAACAGACCCACUUGAGAUUUUUGGAUGCUUUCAAAAAAACUCCAACUUUAAGAUUGAAAGUCUUGAGGGAGUCUCCAGGUCUAACUCAGGAGAUCAUAGAUAACCCGCAGAAGAGCAUUGGAACAACUGAGAAGGGUUCUGAUACUUUCAAGGAGAUGAGACAUCGAUUUCUUAGUUUCAAAAAGGAUAAAUACCUGGAAAACUUAAAACAUUAUCAAACUCUUGCUGAGGUACAAGCACCUAAGUUCAUGGUGAUUGCUUGUGCAGACUCUCGGGUUUGUCCCUCUACCAUCCUGGGGUUUCAACCAGGAGAAGCCUUUGUGGUCCGGAAUGUGGCAAACCUGGUGCCACCACAUGAGAAUGGACCUACAGAAACAAAUGCAGCUCUUGAAUUUUCUGUGAAUUCUCUUGAAGUGGAAAAUAUACUAGUUGUUGGUCACAGCUGCUGUGGAGGGAUCCGUGCCUUAAUGAGUAUGCAAGAUGAAAAAAAUUCAAGUGGCAGCUUCAUUAAAAGUUGGGUAAUAGUUGGAAAGGCUGCAAAGUUGAGAACAAAGGCUGCUGUUUCAAACCUCGAUCUUGAUCAGCAGUGCAGGCACUGUGAGAAGGAAUCAAUUAACAUGUCAUUGUUGAACUUACUCACUUAUCCGUGGAUAGAAGACCGGGUAAAAAAGGGGACGCUUUCACUUCAUGGUGGCUACUAUGACUUUACUGAUUGUACAUUUGAAAAAUGGACGCUUGAUUGCUCCAGACGCACAUCAAAGGUUCAUGGUGAAUACUCCAUUAAAAAUCGAGAAUUUUGGUCUUGA